AUAGGUUGCAGGUCUAAGGUGUGGUGUUUGUAGGGGAGAAGAUCUGUUGAUUUACUGAUUAUUUACAUACACAUCUGAGUCCAUUGUUCUCCACUUGGAAGCCCUUAUGAUAACCUGGGACUCAGAUGGUAUAAAAAGCAAAUCCAGGCUCUGCUAGACCAGUACCAGUGACAGCCAUGGCAAAGCUUAUUCUCCUCACAGGUCCGGCACUUCUGCUGAAUGCUCAGCUAGGUUCUGCUUACCAGCUGACAUGUUACUUCACUAACUGGGCCCAGUACCAGCCAGGCCUGGGGUGCUUUAAGCCUGAUGACAUUGACCCCUGCCUAUGUACUCACCUGAUCUAUGCCUUUGCUGGGAUGCAGAACAAUGAGAUCACCACCAUUGAAUGGAAUGAUGUGACUUUCUACCAAGCUUUCAGUGGCCUGAAAAACAAGAACAGCCAGCCUAAAACUCUCCUGGCCAUUGGAGGCUGGAACUUUGGAACUCCCUGUAACUUCAUUGCCAUGGUUUCCACUCCUGAGAACCGCCAGACUUUCAUUGCCUCAGUCAUCAGAUUCCUGCGCCACUAUGAGUUUGAUGGGCUGGUUUGGGAGUACCCUGGCUCUCAUGGGAGCUCUCCUCAGGGCAAACAUCUCUUCAACGUCCUAGUGCAGGUGAGGAGGGAAGUGUGCGUGAAGGAGGCCAAGCAGAUCAACAAGCCCAGUCUGAUGAUCACUGCUGCAGUAGCUGCUGGCAUCUCCAACAUCCAGUCCAGCUAUGAAAUCCCCCAGCUGGCCCAGUACCUGGACCACAUCCACAUCAUGACCUAUGACCUCCAUGGCUCCUGGGAGGGCUACACUGGAGAGAACAGCCCCCUGUACAAAUACCCGACUGAUGGCAGCAACGCCUACCUCAGUGUGCAGCUCAUUCCCAGUGGCCCAGCUUCCAAAGCCCUUCUGCUCAAUCCCUCACCCGCGCAGCUGCUGUAG